UUCCCAACAUCGGGUAGCUGAGAUGGAGCUUCUGGGGAUCUCUACUACUCUUCCUCUUGUGACUUGUGUCACUUGCCUGGUUUUCCUUUUUGUGUGGAAGAAAAGUUAUGGAAGGGGAAAGCUCCCUCCUGGCCCAACUCCCCUUCCCAUCAUUGGAAAUCUGAUGCAACUAAACCUCAAGAACCUCCCUGCCUCUCUCUCCAAGCUGGCCAAAGAGUAUGGCCCUGUUUACACUCUGUACUUUGGAUCCCAGCCGACUGUGGUCUUACACGGUUAUGAGGUGGUGAAGGAAGCUCUGAUUGAUCAGGCUGAUGAAUUCCUUGGCAGAGGACGUUUUCCAAUUAUUGAAGAUAACCAGAAAGGACAUGGAAUCCUCUUCAGCAAUGGAGAGACAUGGAAGCAAAUGCGGCGCUUCUCCCUCAUGACCCUGAGGAACUUUGGGAUGGGGAAGAGAAGCAUCGAGGAGAGGGUCCAGGAGGAAGCCCGGUGCCUGGUGGAGGAGCUCAGAAAAAUGGAGGCUCAGCCCUUUGACCCUGUCUUCGUCUUCGCCUGUGCUCCCUGCAAUGUGAUCUGCUCCAUCCUCUUCAAUGAGCGUUUCCACUACAAGAAUGAGACGUUCCUCUCCCUGAUGUAUUUGCUGACUGAAAAUUUUAAGGAAAUAAGCUCUCCAUGGAACCAGAUAUACAAUCUAUGGCCAACACUCAUAAGACAUCUCCCUGGAAAGCACAAAGCAUUUUCCAACAGGCUUGAUGGUGUUAAAAAUUUCAUUCUGGAAAAAGUGAAGGCGCAUCAAGAGUCCCUGGACCCUAAUAACCCUCGAGACUACAUUGACUGUUUCCUCAGCAAGAUGGAGCAGGAGAAGCACAAACCAGAGUCUGAAUUUAACUUGGAGAACUUGGCUGUCUGUGGAUCAAAUUUGUUUACAGCAGGAACAGAGACAACCAGUAGCACCCUAAGAUGGGGACUCCUGCUCCUAAUGAAACACCCAGAAGUGGAAGCCAAAGUGCAUGAAGAAAUUGACCGUGUGAUCGGACGCAACCAAAGCCCCUGCAUGAAAGACAAGAUGAGGAUGCCCUACACAGAGGCCGUGUUGCACGAGAUACAAAGAUACAUCACCCUCCUGCCUUCUGAUCUACCCCAUGCUGUGACCCGGGACACAAAAUUCAGAAACUGUGUCAUCCCCAAGGGCACUACUGUAUUGCCAUUACUGUCUUCAGUCUUAUUCGAUUGUAAGGAGUUUCCCAACCCAGAGAAGUUUGACCCUGGCCACUUUUUGGAUAAAAAUGGCAGCUUCAGGAAAACAGAAUACUUUGUGCCUUUUUCCCUUGGGAAGCGGGCCUGUGCUGGAGAGGGCCUGGCGCGCAUGGAGCUCUUCCUGUUUUUCACCACCAUUCUGCAGAACUUCUGCCUGAAGCCCCUGGUGGAGCCGAAGGAAAUUGACACCACACCUGUUGUUACCGGGCUUCUCAAUAUCCCACCACCCUACAAACUAUGCCUCAUCCCUAGAUAAAAGAAGACCUUCUCUCUUUCAAAAUUUAAACCAAAGUAAUUGCUUUUUCCUCACUACCCCCCCACCCACCCCCAUCGUCUCUCUCUUAAUUUUAAAUACUGCCUAAGACAGAAACAUACUCACUAAAAUCUUUUAUAGGGGUCACUAAAACUUGAUUUGUGUUAAUCUACAAAUCCCUUGACAAAAAGGAACUGGGUCCUGGGGCCAGCCCGGUGGCCCAGUGGUUAAGUUUGCACGCUCCACUUCGGCGGCCCAGGGUUUCACUGGUUCGGAUCCUGGGCACGGACAUGGCACCAAUCGUCAAGCCAUGCUGAGGCGGCAUCCCACAUGCCACAACUGGAAGGACCCAUGACUAAAAAUACACAACUAUGUACCAGGGGGCUUUAGGGAGAAAAAGGAAAAAUAAAAUCUUUAAAAAAAAAAAAGAAAGAGAACUCGGUCUGAAAAUUCCUAGGGUACAAACAAUAUACCCUUUAUAGUACUUUCUAAGCCAUGCUGCAGCAGAACCAAGCUCAGGCCCACAGAAGGCCUUUAUCAGGACAAUCAGCAAAUAGUAGAGACUUUACGUUCUGUGGUUUGGGAUAUAGGCUGAUUUUCUGUAGUUUCUCAAAAUAAAGGCACUAAUGUAAUGCCUUAUGCAUAUUUUUUCUAUUUCUAAUUGAAAGCACUUAUACGAUUUCUGCCACCUUCACAAAAUAAAUCCUUAUUUCCACAAUAGA